GAGAGAGAGAGAGAGAGAGAGAGAGAGAGAGAGAGAGAUGGAAGUCAAACAAGUAUUGCACAUGAAAGGGGGAAUGGGAGAAACAAGCUAUGCUAACAACUCAUUGCUUCAGAGAAAGGUGAUAUCGAUGACAAAGCCCAUAACCGAGGCAGCUAUUACCGCUCUCUUCUCUGUUGCCGACACCACCUUCCGGGCAAGCCUCGCCAUCGCAGACUUGGGUUGUUCCUCUGGCCCCAACACUCUUUUCGUCAUGUCUGAAAUCAUCACCAUCAUGAUUGAUCUUUGCGAGGCGACAAACCAUGAGCUGCCGGAGUUCCAAGUGUUCUUGAAUGACCUCCCGGGGAAUGACUUCAAUACCAUCUUCAGCAGCCUCUUGCUGAGUUUCCAAGAGAAGCUGAGCGAGCAAAUGAAGAGCAAGUAUGGAGCAUCGGCGACGUUGCUAUGCUUCUUCAAUGGCGUUCCUGGUUCGUUCUAUGGGAGAUUAUUCGCUCGGGAGAGCCUGCACUUGAUUCAUUCUUCGUACAGCCUCCAUUGGCUGUCUCGGGUAGUAUUUUGGCCCGCAGUUUCAUUUGUUAACUUGAUGGGAAACAAAGUCACUCUCUCUCUCUCUCUCUCUCUCUCUCUCUCUCUCUCUCUCUCUCUCUCUCUCUCUCUCUCUCUCUCUCUCUCUCUCUCUCUCCUUGUUUUAUCGGAUCCCAAGAGGGCUAGAGGGAAACAAAGGCAACAUAUACAUUGCCGGAUCGAGCCCUCCGGAGGUGAUUAGGGCAUACUAUGAGCAAUUCCAGAGGGACUUCUCGACGUUCUUGGAGUGUCGUGGGCAAGAGUUGGUGAUGGGAGGGCGUAUGGUUUUGACCCUCCUGGGUCGAAGAAGCGACGA